UAACGAUUGCAUCGCCCAGACCGUAGCGGGUAGCAACAUGGGGUCAUUCUCGGUCGGCAUUCUUCCAUCAUGUAUCAGAUGUUUUGCAGUCUAUAAUUAUCGUGGUCCACCUUCGCAAGGGACUGAGGCUGUGACAAGAGUUUGGCAUUCUUUAUGGUUUGGAGGUUGAGAAUGUAGUGGCGCACGAGGAUCUCGCCAUGGGGAUAAAAGGAUGUUGGACCUGCAAAGGUAGUAUAUAUUAAGAGUGGAUAAGCUACCGAUUCAAGACGACAGGACUGAUUUCAUCUUAGAGCGCAAAGUUCGAUGCGACUCUCGUCGGCCGAGAUGUGGCAACUGCACAAAGGCGCAACGCGUCUGUCAAGGCUACGGAGUCCGGCUGUCCUGGCCUCGCGAUGAUGACGGAAGAAGAGCAAUGGUUUUUCGAGGUCCACGCGGCAAAGAAAACACCCUUCAAUCCGAUUACCGGAGAUUUUUGAAUUCGACUUGCUGGGACGUAGCAUUGUCAGAGGAUCUAGAGGCUGGAAAGAAUUAUGCUCGUCAUCUUCGGACCAUGCGGUUCCCUCGCCCAAGUUAUCUUUCGCCAGCCGUUGUAAGCGCCGAGGAGUCUCAGCUACUCUUAUUCUUCAACGAAUCGCGAUCACUGAUGCUAGGACCAACCGACGAGGAGGUUCUGGCUCAUUUCAUAAUGAGAAUUGCCUUUUCGGAUGCAUUCGAUACGACCAAUCCGGUCCUGCAAGCCGUGUUUGCUCUUGCAUCACUACAGCUUCACGGUAGCUUGAAGAGUUUCCGUUACAAGCGCCUUGUCAUGUCAUCAGUAAAAGAGCCAACCGAUUGGAUCGACGAGAAGACGCUGCUCCAAAACUUGACUUCAAUGAUGCUUCUGUAUCAUCAUGAGCUCUCUCUUGAAUCAAACUCUAAGGGAAGUUGGGUGACAUUUCUGUGCGCGGUGAAAAGGAUCAUCAACACCUCACCUGGAACCCAGAAGCUGGUUCGACAAGAAAACUCCGUCUUUCUGGAUUGGAUUUUUUACCACGAAGCGCUCGCAGAGUUCACCGUCAGACAUUGGGCUGUUCCAUACGAAGGCUGUGGCUACGUUCCAAUACCUAGGUCUCCCAACGCUGACAAUGAAAUUGGUUCCAAGAAAAGAGCCAACAUCGGCUGCACAACUGACGUGCUCCAACUCACUGUGUAUGCAUGUACGCAAGCUGUAGUCGCGAAAUCUUCCGCAAAAAACUACGCGAAUAUCGCAACGGAACAAGCAGAAAUGCUCGAACGGCAAAUUUGCCGGGCAGUGGGAGAUUAUGGUCCCAUCCACGACCAUUCUGCGGCACCGGCUGACCGAAAUGCCAUGGUCCUCGAUCUUCAUCGUCUCGCCUGUUUGAUAUACGUCAAUCGGGCUGUCCGUCGCGUUGCGGGAACGGAAUUCCAUCACAGAAGACUUGUGAGAGAAGGGAUAUUGCUGCUGACCAGGAUGGCAACGUGCCAGAACGCGUGGCCGUUGUUUAUCAUCGCUUGCGAAGCAGUCAACGAAGAUCAGCGCCUCGCCUUGCUCGACGUCUUUGAGAAAAGUCUACAGGAGCGGAGGCGAAGAUCAAGUCACAUUCAUUUUAUUCAACAUAUAGCUCAGGCAGUGUGGAAUCAGCAUGAUCUCAAUCCCGAGAACCCAGUUGAUUAUCUAACAAUUCUAGAUGCGGUAAUCGGCGGGCUUCCAUUCAUGCCACCCUUUGCUUGAGUUAUCCUCGACCUCAAUCUCAGUGCACUGCCUCGAUUUACUAUCUACCUAAAUCUACUAGCCUUCU